GGAAACAUCGCCGCAAGACGCACUUAGGCGUCGCUCCGCACUCACUCGCUUCAGGAAGAGCGCGCGGAGGGGCGGCGUUUGCUCGGAGCGCCGGGGGCGUGAACGCGCUUUCGUUCUCCGCGCUGCUCCGCCGCGUCCCGCACUUGUUUCCCCGAAGCGAGCCUCUCAGUCUCAGCCAUGAGCGUGAGCGGCUCUCCUAGCCGACUGGUCCCCCUGAUCGCCAGGAUCGACUCCAGCAGCGGCGAUAUGUUCGAGUCCCCGUACGCCAGGAUGGAGGCCCACGGCGGGGGACACCUCGCCCACUCGCCCGUGACCGCGGACGGACCCCGCGCCUCCAGGAUGUUCCUGCGCGUCGGAGCGGUGCCAGAGAUUCUGCAGAGAGUGAAGGUUCAGCAGGGCCAGUUGCAGGAGUACUUGAAGAAAGCUGAAUACACCAUGCAGUCGGGGGGUGACUACGAGAGGCACCUGGCCAUGGCCUCGGAGGUGUUUGAGCAGCUGAAGACGUGCGCCGUGGAGCUGCACCGUCGCGGCCAGCCGAGCGAGCCCGUGCAGAAGAACCUGGACCAGUACGAGCAGAAGUUGCUGAGGCUGCGGUACGGGAUCGCCUUCCCCUUGGAAGACGUGGGACGGAGCUUCCAGGACGCCAUCGGCUGGAUUGGACAAAAGAAGCGCCUCAUAGAGACGGCCCCUUGGGCAGAUGACCCAGCAGCCAUCGAGCAGCAGAUCACCAACCACAACAGGUUCCACAGCUCCAUCCAGAGAAGCUCAGAGGUGGAGAGGGCCAGGGAUGAGCUGAUGCAAAAAGGGGACAGAAGCACUCUCACUGUCCUGGAGCAAGAGUGGGACAGUCUACAGAAAAUGUCCUUCAGCCGACUCCAUCGGCUACGGGAGCUGCAGAGCAUCAUUGAAGAGAUCUCCAAGGAGAUCAUGUGGGUGAACGAGCGGGAGGAAAAGGAGUUGGUGUUUGACUGGGGAGACAAGAACAUUGACAUCUACAUCCCCCAGAAGCAGGAGAGCUACUCUCGACUUAUGAGGGACCUGGAAGAAAAAGAAAAGGAUCUGAAUAAACUUCAGCAAAAAGUGGACAAUCUUCUGAAAAACAACCACCCAGCCUCUGACAAGAUUGGUGCUUACAUGGAAACUCUGCAGAUACAAUGGAGUUGGCUACUGCAGAUCACCAAGUGCAUUUCUGUGCACCUGAAAGAGAACAUGGCAUAUAGCCAGUUCUUCAAGGAAGCUAAUGAGAUAAGCCUCAAGCUGGAGAAAGACCGUGAGAACAUUCACAAACAGUUCACCUGUGAUAAGAAUACACCUCUGGAGAAGCUUUUCGACCUUCUCAAGAAUCUUGAGAAAGAGAAACAGAGGCUUAUGGAGCACAGGAUGCAAGUGCAGCAGUUGGUCAAUAAGUCUAAGAGCAUUGUGAGGCUGAAGCCACGGAACCCGGAAGAGAGGACCACUGGGGCAGUGCUGGUGCAGGCACUGUGUGACUUCAGACAGGACCAGACCGUUAUACACAAGGACAACAAUGGCAUUCUCAAGGACAACUCACAGCGCAGCAAGUGGCUUGUGGCAGGACCAGGAGGACUAGAUAUGCUCAUCCCUUCCGUGUGCCUCCUGAUUCCCCCACCCAACAACCUCAGCAUCAAUCUGGCAAAAGCGAAUGAGAAGUGUUUUGAUGACAUCAUGGAGAUUUGGAAUCAGCUCUACAUCAACAUCAAGAGCUUGAUUUCUUGGCAAUACUGCAUAUUAGACAUCAGGCAUAUCAAUUCUCUCACCAUCAGCAGGCUCUCACAGAUGAAUCCGGAUGAAUAUCGGAAUAUCAUGAAGAACUUGGAGACUCAUUAUGAAGAGUUCAAAUGCAACAGCCUUCAGUCUCAAAUGUUCGGUGAUGAGGACAAGAAGAUGAUUGAAACACAAGUUGACCAGGCCCAGAAGCACUACAAAAAAUUGGUCGUACAGGUUUCCACUAACAACCCUGUUAUUGUACUUCCACCGACCCCCCCAGUGAAUGAGAGUGAGACCUUUAUGAUGGAACUCCACAGCUUGCGGCAGAGACUGGAGGCAUUUGAACUGGGCCUUACCCAGCACCUCCACGUCCCUCUGCGGGAGAACAGCAGCAAAGAAUGCUCCAAGCGCCUCCUUAUGCUCCAGAGUGCCCAUCGGGAUGUUGAUUUGAUCCGUGAAACAUACAUCAGGCUGAAGGAGAGGAUCUCCAAGCAGCUCGAGGGAAUGGCAGAUUUAGACAAAGCCAAGUUCUUGGAGGCAGAGCUCACGAUCCUCAACCAGAAACUGGGCAGUCUACAAGGCUUCUCUUCUUCCUACAACCAAAGGCUGAAAGCCCUGCAGAGCCUAUUGGACAGCCUGCUUCAGGCUGAGGAGAUAAUAAAGACGCAUGAGGCAAGCCUGGCUGAAAAGGACACCACCUCCCUCAACUUGACGGAAAUUGAGGACUACAGAGUCUCCCUGAAGAAAAUGAAGGCCGAGAUGGAGCAGGAGAGGGACCUCCUGAAAGAGGUGGAGAAGAACCUGGCUAAUGUUAUACACUGGAACAACCAGAUGAGCCAGUCCUUUCAUAAGUGUGAUCUGGACCUGUCCAAGUAUUCCGAACUGGUGGCCCAGCUGUCAGAUCGCUGGCAACGCGUCCAGACCCAGACUGACAGCAGGAUCUGGGAUCUUCAGAAGCAGCAACAGCAGUUGAAGCACUACCAGCAGACCAGCUCCAUGCUACGCCAUUGGAUUGAGGAGACACGUAAGCGCCAGGAUGCCCUUCAGGCUAAAGAGUUCAGUGGUCCCAAACUCCUCACACAGAACCUUAACCAGCACAAGAUGCUGCACUCUGAGAUAAAAGCAAAGAAAGAAAAGGUGGAAGAUGUACAGAAAGAUGCAAACACUUGCGCAUCCUCCAUCAAGGACUAUGAGCUGCAGCUCGCCUCCUACAGUGCCGGGCUGGAGACAAUGCUCAACAUCCCCGUCAAAAAGACCAUGCUGCAGUCCCCUGCUGAUGUCAUCAGACAAGAGGCUGCAGAGCUGCAGUCCAGUUACACUGAGCUUUUCACCCGUUCCAGUGACUAUUACAAGCUUCUUGCUGAGAUGUGGGAAAACAUGGAGGAUUUGAAGAUCAGAAACACUAAAACUGACCUUUUGGAAGAAGAGCUGAAACAUCUGAAAGAUGAAAUUCAAGACAGGUCCCAGAAGAACAAGUUUCUUCAAGAAGCCUUAGCUAGAUGUCAGCUGGAGUUGUCGGAGUGCAAAGAGCAGCUGCAAACCAUGGAAGAAAUCAAAAGAACCCAAUUUACUCAAAGUACUGCUGCCAAGCUGGAUCUUGACAGCUCAUAUAGGCAGGUGAAAGAUCUCAGUGAUCAGGUGACCAGGCUCACUUUUCAGAUUGAUGAGGAGAAGAGAAUGAGGAGACUGGCUGAAGAGAAAAAUGCUAGCCAGGACAGUCUCCUCAUCAAGAUAAAGCUGAUGGAACAAGAUAAGACUAGAGAGAUGCAGAGAUACGAAGAGGAGCUGAACCACCUGAAAGCCUCCAUGGAGUCUGAAAUGCGGAAGAAGCAACAUCUCAAAGAUGAGAAGGAGCAGAUCAGGAAAGACUUCAGUUAUCUGAAGAGCCAAUAUGAGCAAAAGGACAAUUUUAUCAAGCAGCAAGACUCUGAGAAAGAGAGGACAGAAAGGGAGAGAAACUCCUUGAGAAGCGAGAUUGAGAGACUUACAGCAGAGUUAAAAGCAGUGGAGGGAACGUACAAGAUGAAGCUACUCGCUACAGAGAGGCAAGUUUCAGAACUUAGCCUUCUAAGGGACAACUUUGAGAAGGACCUCAAGAAGCUUAGACAACGGCCCAGUGUCUUUAGCCAGCAAACGCAGACCAGCGAAGAUUUGGUCACGGUGGAUCUCUCCAAGCUUUUCUUUGAUGGUAUCCACAGAAAAGUUACUGCUCUUGAGCUGCGUGACUGUGGAGUAAUUGACCCGGACAGCCUUGACAAGCUACUCAAGGGCCAGAAGACUGUGGACGAAGUGGCUGUCGACAUCCAGCUUUGUCUCAAAGGCACGGGAGUCAUUGCAGGUGUGGUAUGUAGCCCUAUGGGCAAAAUUUCAAUCACUGAGGCUAAAAACAAAGAGCUGCUUUCACCGGAGGUUGCUUCCAUGCUGCUGGAAGCACAAGCAGCCACUGGCCAUAUCAUAGAUCCCCAAACCAAUGAGAAAAUGUCAGUGGAUGUGGCCUGUGCCAGAGGUGUUGUAGAUAUCAAGGACAGGGAUGUACUGAUGAUGGCUGAAGCUGCCAGUACUGGUUUUAAGGAUCCGUACACAGGCAAAAUUUUGUCUGUAGGGCAGGCCUUGAAGUGUGGAAGGAUUGAUGGGGAAACUGCGCUUCGUUUGCUCCAGGCACAGGAGUCAGUUGGAGGAAUCCUUGACCCUGUCCUAAGCAUCUUCCUUCCAAAAGAAGCUGCUCUUCGUCGCUCUUUAAUUGACGAAGAUGUCUACAGGGCCCUGAACAAAAAGCCAGCAUGCUACAUUGAUCCCAUAACCAAGCAGAAGGCCAGUUACAGUGACCUGAAGAUGAAAUGCAGUCCUGAUCCUGCCACUGCUCUGCUCUUGUUGUCGAUGCCAGCACAUUCAGUGAAAGGGAUCAGAGGAGAUGUUCUCAUUUCUGAUCUGAUUAAAUCAAACCUUUUGAAACCAUCAGAAGCGGAAGUCAUGACAGUCAAGGAUAUUGAAGAUAAGCUCAAGUCAUACCUACAAGGAUCAACUUGCAUUGCAGGUAUCUAUGAUGAAGAAAACGAUAGAAUCUUACCUAUCUACCAAGCUAUGAAAGAGGGCCUCCUUAGAUGUGGUACCACAUUAGAGCUCCUAGAAGCUCAAGCUGCCUCAGGUUUCAUGAUUGAUCCCCUUAACAACCUUUAUCUGACAGUAGAGGAAGCAUAUAAGAGAGGCCUCGUUGGAAAGGAGUUCAAGGAGAAACUGCUUUCUGCUGAGAAGGCUGUCACUGGAUACAAGGAUCCCCAUACUGGGAAAACUAUCUCACUUUUCCAGGCCAUUGAGAAGGAGUUAGUAGAACGAGGACAUGGCAUCAGACUGUUGGAAGCUCAGAUUGCAAGUGGUGGCAUCAUUGAUCCACAAGCAAACCACCGAAUAACCGUUGAUGUUGCUUACAAACAAGGAUAUUUUGACAAAGAAAUGAAUGAAAUAUUAAGUUAUGAAGGUGAUGACACAAAGGGUUUCUUUGAUCCAAACACCCAAGAAAACCUCACCUACUUGCAGCUCAAAGAAAGGUGCAUCACUGACCAGAACACAGGGCUUAUCCUUCUGCCUCUCAAGGACAACAAGAAGAAGAAGAAGGCUGAGAAGCAGAAGAGCCAGUCACAGAACAUGCUCGGCAAGCGGAGGGUUGUGGUUGUUCACAAAGACACGGGAAAGGAGAUGACGCUGCGUGAGGCCUAUCACAGUGAGCUAAUUGACUACAACACCUUCCUGGAGCUUUCUGAGCAGGAGUGCGAAUGGCAGGAGAUCACAGUCACUGACUCUGAUGGCUCCACUCAGCUUGCCGUGGUCGACCGAAGAACGGGCCAACAGUACCACAUCCGAGACUUACUUGACAGGGGGAUCAUUAACCAGAGCACUUUGCAAAAAUAUCAUUCUGGAGCUCUCACACUAGCAGAGUUUGCAGAGAAGAUCACCAGCAAGACCAGUAAUGAACUGUCCAUCACAUCCGGUAACAUGGAAGACUUAUUGACUUGCAGUAGCCCUGUGCAACUCACUCCAUUAUCCCCAACUGUGCAAAAACGUUUCAGCAGCAUCUCCAUAACAUUUUCACCUCCACCUGAAAGUUUUGAUGACCAAAGUCCAAUUGCUGCCAUAUUUGAUACAGAAACUCUUGAAAAAAUAACCAUAUCUGAAGCACAGCGGCGUGGAAUAGUAGAUUCCAUAACUGCUCAACGGCUGUUAGAGGCCCAGGCCUGCACUGGUGGCAUCAUAAAUCCAGCUAAUGGUCAAAGGCUUUCUCUUCAAGAUGCUGUGCACCAAAGCAUCAUUGAUGAGGACAUGGCUCAGACACUUAAGGCAGCCCAAAAAGCCUUUCUUGGCUUUGAGGAUGUAAAGAUCAAGAGGAAGAUGUCAGUGGCAGAAGCCAUAAAGGAGAACUGGGUGCCUUAUGAAGCUGGCCAGAGGUUCUUAGAGUACCAGUAUCUCACAGGAGGUCUUAUUGACCCUCGGACCGGUCAGAGGAUAACCAUUGAGGCCGCCAUCCGUAGAGGUUGGCUGGAUGGUAGCAGUGCACAGAAACUCCAGGACACAAGGAACUUCAGGCACCUGACGUGUCCUAAGACCAAACUGAAGAUCUCGUAUAAGGAGGCCAUGGAUAACUGCAUGGUAGAAGAAAGCAACGGCAUGAAGAUGCUCCAGGCCUCUUCCAUGUCAACCAAAGGGAUCAGCAGCCCUUACAAUGUGGCGUCAGCCCCCGGGUCCCGCUCCGGGUCCCGCUCCGGGUCCCGCGCUGGCUCUCGGACCGGGUCCCGUAGAGGCAGUGUGGACCUCUCCCCUUUCAGCUACAGCCUGAGGUCCUUCAACUCCAGCUCUUUGUUGUAAAGUAGUAGUGGGGAAAUCACCUGGUGUGACAUUGCAAAGGUGUGCAAAGUGUGGCUGAUAUUUUAAAAAUGAUACAUGGUUAAUAUUUACUCACUGA